AUGGACCCAUUUAGUGAAGCUUUAGGUUUUGUGGACCUGUUAAGUAGUCAACAAGAAAUCCACACCCUUGAAACCCAUUCGUAUGCUGAGGAGGGACCUGUAGGUGAACAGAAAUCAAAGGAGCGUAGAAGGAAGUGGUCACACACAGAAGAUGUGGCCCUCAUCGGUGCUUGGCUCAACACUAGCAAGGAUCCAGUUGUUGCUGUCGAUCAAAAAUUUGGUACUUUUUGGUCACGAAUUGCAACUUAUUAUGCUUCAAAUCCUAAGCUAGUUGGUGUAGAAAAGAGAGAGCCUAGUCAUUGCAAGCAAAGGUGGCAAAAGAUCAACGAAACAGUCUGCAAGUUUGUUGGAAGCUAUGAGGCUGCAACAAAGCUGAAAUCAAGUGGCCAGAAUGAAGAUGAUGUAAUGAAAAUGGCUUAUGAAAUCUUCUUCAACGAUUAUAAGGUGAAGUUCACACUUGAGCAUGCUUGGAGGGAGCUUCGCCAUGAUCAGAAAUGGUGUGGAUCCAAUUCUGCGAAAGGUAAUGGAGCAUCAAAGAGAAGGAAGUGUAGUGAUCUUCACUCACAGUCAUCAAGCUCGGUUCCAGUGAAUGAUGUAGAGGAGGAAGCUCGGCCUACUGGUAUUAAGGCAGCAAAGGCGAAAGGUAAAAGGCUUGUGAACAAGCCAACCUCAGCUCCAGAAGGCUCUUCCCUUGUCGAGUUUCAGAGCAUGUGGGAGAUAAGACAAAUGGAAUUUGCCUUGAAAGAGAAACAAAAUAUUUACCGAAUGUUUGUCAACUCUUGA